CUCAGUCUUCCGCGCGGCCGGUGAUCGCGGGGUCGCGGGGUCGCGGGGUCCCGGGGUCCCGGGGUCCCGGGGUCCCGGUGCGCGGGCGGGUGGUCCUCCAGCUCUCCCUGCGGAGCGCGCGCGAGCACCAGAGUGCGGAGGAGGCGCGCUGAGGCCGCCCGCGCCGCGACCAUGCCGGAGAUCAGAGUCACUCCCCUGGGGGCCGGCCAGGAUGUGGGCCGAAGCUGCAUCCUGGUCUCCAUUGCGGGCAAGAACGUCAUGCUGGACUGCGGCAUGCACAUGGGCUUCAGUGACGACAGGCGUUUCCCCGACUUUUCCUACAUCACCCAGAGCGGCCGGCUGACUGACUUCCUGGAUUGCGUGAUCAUCAGCCACUUCCACCUGGACCACUGCGGGGCGCUGCCCUACUUCAGCGAGAUGGUGGGCUACGACGGGCCCAUCUACAUGACGCACCCCACCCAGGCCAUCUGCCCCAUCCUGCUGGAGGACUACCGCAAGAUCGCCGUGGACAAGAAGGGCGAGGCCAACUUCUUCACCUCCCAGAUGAUCAAGGACUGCAUGAAGAAGGUGGUGGCUGUCCACCUCCACCAGACGGUCCAGGUGGACGACGAGCUGGAAAUCAAGGCCUACUAUGCGGGUCACGUGCUGGGGGCGGCCAUGUUCCAGAUCAAAGUGGGCUCAGAGUCGGUGGUCUACACGGGUGACUAUAACAUGACGCCAGACCGACAUUUGGGAGCUGCCUGGAUCGAUAAGUGCCGCCCCAACCUGCUCAUCACGGAGUCCACGUACGCCACGACCAUCCGAGACUCCAAGCGCUGCCGGGAGCGAGACUUUCUGAAGAAAGUCCACGAGACUGUGGAACGUGGUGGGAAGGUGCUGAUCCCUGUAUUUGCACUGGGCCGAGCACAGGAACUCUGCAUCCUGCUGGAGACCUUCUGGGAGCGCAUGAACCUGAAGGUCCCCAUCUACUUCUCCACGGGGCUGACAGAGAAGGCCAACCACUACUACAAGCUCUUCAUCACCUGGACCAACCAGAAGAUCCGCAAGACCUUCGUCCAGAGGAACAUGUUUGAGUUUAAGCACAUCAAGGCCUUUGACCGGGCAUUUGCGGACAACCCGGGUCCGAUGGUUGUGUUUGCCACGCCAGGGAUGCUGCACGCGGGCCAGUCCCUGCAGAUCUUCCGGAAAUGGGCAGGGAAUGAGAAGAACAUGGUCAUCAUGCCUGGCUACUGUGUGCAGGGCACCGUGGGCCACAAGAUCCUCAGCGGGCAGCGCAAGCUGGAGAUGGAGGGCCGGCAGGUGCUGGAGGUGAAGAUGCAGGUGGAGUACAUGUCGUUCAGCGCCCACGCUGACGCCAAGGGCAUCAUGCAGCUGGUGGGCCAGGCGGAGCCGGAGAGCGUGCUGCUGGUGCACGGCGAGGCCAAGAAGAUGGAGUUCCUGAAGCAGAAGAUCGAGCAGGAAUUCCGUAGGCAGCGCGCUGGGCGCCACGGUCGCCUGUCGGGGGCGCUGGGUGGGGCCCGCCUCUGGGGGCAGGGCUGCCAGCCUGGACUGAGGCUCCUCUUCUCAUGCUCAGGAGUCGACUGCUACAUGCCGGCCAAUGGCGAGACUGUGGUGCUGCCCACAAGCCCCAGCAUCCCCGGGGGCAUCUCGCUGGGGCUGCUGAAGCGGGAGAUGGCGCAGGGGCUGCUCCCCGAGGCCAAGAGGCCCCGGCUCCUGCACGGCACCCUCAUCAUGAAGGACAGUAACUUCCGGCUCGUGUCUUCGGAGCAAGCCCUUAAGGAGCUGGGCCUGGCCGAGCACCAGCUGCGCUUCACCUGCCGCGUACACCUACACGACACACGCAAGGAGCAGGAGACGGCCAUGCGUGUCUACAGCCACCUCAAGAGCAUCCUGAAGGACCACUGCGUACAGCACCUCCCGGACGGCUCCGUGACGGUCGAGUCCAUCCUCAUCCAGGCCGCCGCCCCCUCUGAGGACCCAGCCACCAAAGUGCUGCUGGUCUCCUGGACCUACCAGGAUGAGGAGCUGGGCAGCUACCUCACGUCACUGCUCAAGAAGGGCCUCCCCCAGGCCCCCAGCUGAGGUUGGCCAGUUGCCCAGGCCUGCUGACCGCCGCCUCUGCCCAGCUGGAGGGUCCUGCAUUUCCACGCCAGGGCUCUGUGUGCCCUGGGUGAAUGGAGCCCAGAGCUGGGCCAUGGACGACCCCCAUCCCCGAGAUGAGGCCACAGCGUCACACUCCUGCCAGAGCAGCUGUUUCUG